GGCCUCCUUUCCCUCCCCCGCCCCCGCCCCGCACACACGCGCUCUCGGGAGCUUCCGCUUCCGGUCCUGACAGACGCGUUGGCCGUAACGAUGAUCGGAGACAUCCUGCUGUUCGGGACGCUGCUGAUGAACGCCGGAGCGGUGCUCAACUUUAAACUGAAGAAGAGGGACACGCAGGGCUUCGCGGAGGAGUCGAGGGACCCCAGCACAGGUGACAACAUCCGGGAGUUCCUGCUGAGCCUGCGCUACUUCCGCAUCUUCAUCGCGCUGUGGAAUAUCUUCAUGAUGUUCUGCAUGAUCCUGCUGUUCGGCUCCUGAGCCCCGGCCCCGGACACAGGAGCCCGCCCUCCCGGCCUCCGAGUCUCUGUUCCUCCGCUCCUGAUGCCUGCGAGAAAGCCAGCGAUCUGCCCUGUCGACCCGAGCUCGUGGUGGGUGGAAAAACAUUGGCCAAGCUGCACGCGGGUCCCCAGCCCCCACCCCACAGGUGGUCUCUGACGCAGGACCCCCGUGCCCUGCGGGCUCCCAGGGGGCUGCGGUGUGGGACUGUGCUAAAAUUGCCUUCCCCUGGAGAUGAGAGAACGCCAUUGUGCCGGCUCCCUCCUCUCCCAGGCUGGCCCAGGACGCCUGCUUCCCGAUCCCGUGGGUUAGAAUCACAAGGAUGUUUUUUUCUUUUUCUUUCUUUCUUUUUUUAAUCCUGGGGUCCAAGCAGAAGGGUUAACUACUGUUGGACAAAGCGUCUCCUGUGGGCAGUGUUUGUAAAAUAGCAAGCGAGUUCAGGCCAGCAGGGUCUGAGCGGGUCCGACAUGGGUUUAUGGGGUCAGCCAGGAGCCCUGCGUCCUGGUGCAGCUGAGGUCAUUCGGGGGUGGGUGGCCCAUGACAGGGUCACCACGUAGCGAGAGAGCCAGGUCAGGUUGAUGGCCGCGGCUGAGGGGUGCAGAAGAGGUGGCUGGGGUGUGGGGGUGGGGAAUGCCAGGAGGCAUUUCCCUUCGCCUUGAAGCUUCCUGUUAAGCGAAGUAGCCCGGGGGCCUUUCCCAGCACAGCUGCCAAAAAAACCAGAGGGUGGGGGUUUAAUUACUUGGUGGUAAUUGGGACCCUGUUCUGAAGGCUUGGGUUUCUUCAGUGUACUUGGCCAGCAGGCGAUGGAUUUCAAGGUGGAAAUUCAAUAAAUCUCAACCAAAGAAACACCA